UACGCAGGCGCAUUAGCAGUCUCACAGAAAUCACUCUGUAUAUAGCCAUAUAGACUCACGCUAGCUAUGAGCUGCGCGUUAAUAUUUCUCGCUGUCUGCCUACUAAGUUCUCCUUGCAGUCUUGGGGCCAGUGAUGCCACCAUGGAUCCCGCAUUGACUGCAGCGGCUACUGAUGAAAGUACAUCGGACGAGCCAUCAACCUCUGAUUCAUCUACAGCUGCUACUGAUGAGGGGACUGUUCCAGAUACAGAAACCUCAGAGGAUGGCGCCUCAACGGCUGAUGCAGACUCAAAUGACGUUACAGCGCAGACCGACAGCGCAGCAGACGACGGGUCUACGAGUGUGCCUUCAGAAGUCACCCCCAAAGAAGCGCCCACCGCGGACAGCACCACGAACACGACGACGGCUGGUUCUGAAACAACCAGCUCUUAUUCAAGCGACAACUGCAUAGAGGUCACAAUUCCGAAUAUUCUGGGCAUAGAAAAGCCCGAGGAUGCGGUGCCGCUGGAGCAGUGGGACGAGCUUCAAUAUGCUGACAACAUCGCAUAG